AUGUUCUCAAAACCAGUUGAUGCGUUGCCUCAAAAGUGUUUUGAUAGGAACUGUGAUAUUGAUUUAAGAGAAGAACUUGCAGUGUACUUGUCGUCACUUGGACUUCUCUACGACAGUUCUCUACUUCUUAAAGAAGUUUUCAAACAGAAUUUACAUCAAUGUAUAAACACAACAGAAUUCUUGCAAUCAACAUUACUGAUAGCAUCGCAUGAAGGAUUAAAAGAUGUCAUUGAAAUGUUGUUACAGCGCGGCGCUACCGUAAAUGAAGACGCGAUUUAUUUUGCAGCUGCAAAGGGGCACAAUGGAAGUCUUGAAUAUUUGCUUAAAAAUUAUACUGGAAAUUGUAUAGAUUAUCCUAACAGUAUAAACAAAAACAGUCCACUUAUUGCAGCAUCCAAAUGUGGCGCUGUUGAAUGUAUGCAGUGCUUACUUCGUCAUGGUGCCAGUAUCAACUACAGAAAUAAAAACGGUUGGUCAGCACUGGAUAAAGCCGUCCUUUGUCGACAGCCAGAUUCGUGUAAAAUACUUCUAGAAAAUAAAGCUCGUGUCAAUUGCAAGGCAGGGAAGUUUAAGCGAACACCACUGCACAUGAAUGCUGAUGUCGGAGACGAAAAUAUAACAAAGCUAUUACUACAGUAUGGAGCAUCAAUAAAGGUGAAAGAUUACAGAGGCCAUUAUCCAAUAAAUUGCGCAGCUUACAGUGGAGAAAAUAAAAUUGUGGACAUUUUACUGAAAGCAGAUGAAACUAAAGUGACACUAAAGAAUUGCGUAUCCUAUGGUAAAACGUCUGUCAUCAAGGGCGCCAGCCUGUAUCAUCUUGCCGUCUUAAAAAAGAAUGUUGAUUUAAUAGACAUAAUGAUACAAAAUAAACUGUGUCCAAACAUUCGUGAUGCCUAUGGAAGAACACCAAUUUAUCUAGCCGUAUAUGGACGGGGAGAUAAGAAUGAGAAUGCCGAGAGAUAUAUGAAGCAGAGGGCAGAACUGGAAAGAGAGCUGCAAAUUAAACUAAUAAAGAAGCUUUCUGGACAUUCAGAUGUCCAAACUUCCGAGAAAGAUGGAUACACCCCUUUAGAUGCUGCGGUUCACAAGGGUCAGAUAGAAAUUGUCAAAUUGUUAGGCCCGCUUGCAGACGUAAAUGCGCAAGAUAAAUACGGAAAAACUCCGCUGCAUACAGUUUGUGACCAGAUGAACCUGGAUAUAUUCAAGAUCCUUGUAGAAGAUUUAAGAGCCGAUUACUGCAUGCGUACAUAA